ACACGUGUCGGGCGGCCGAUGAGACCACACGAGGCCACCUACCGCGCCGCCGCAUCGGAUCCCAGCACCCCCUCCCCAUCCCGACCCCGCUCAUCCGCUUGGCUCCAAACCCUAGCUCCGAUUCCUGCAAACCAAGAGAUUUUCCAAAAUUCGUACGAAAUUUCCUACCAAAUCACUCGCCGGUGCUUCCCAAGGGUGGUGAUGCCAUGAUGCACAUGCUGGUGGCCUCGGAUGGAGGCGGAGGGGAGAUGCACCCGUACGCCGCCGUGCCGGCGGAGCAGGAGCUGGAGCUCCACCGCGACAACGCCGCCGACGACAGCCUCGACGGCCACGUCCGGUGCCUGCGAUGCGGUAUAUCGGGUAAUGCGACACCCCAUAUGCGACGUGGCCCUGAUGGCCCGAGAACUCUUUGCAACGCUUGUGGCAUCGCUUACAGGAAGGGUAAAAUGAGAAGAAUGAUAGAAGCUGAACCACCUAUAGAUGAGGCUUCACUUGCUAAGCUUGUUCCUGAGGUGGACAUGGAAUUUGAGAGUGAGGAAAAAGCAUAUGAAUUCUACAAUAAAUAUGCUGGGCAUGUUGGCUUUAGUGUUCGAAAAAGCACGUCACAUAAAUCUUCUGAAAAUAUUACCAAAGUAAGGACUUUUGUAUGCUCAAGAGAGGGUUACAACAGGGAUAAAAAAUCGUUGGAGGCAAAGAAACCAAGGUUGGAUACAAGAAUUGGCUGUCCAGCACGGCUGAUUAUUAAAGUCACACCAGAGUGUAAAUACAGGGUCACUGAUUUUAAAGCAGAGCACAAUCAUCAGCUGGCCCCUCCUUCGACGAUGCAUAUGUUAAGGUCACAAAGGAUAUUAACAGAACUUCAGUCUGGGGAAGCAGAACUGUCAGAUGAUUCCGUAGUGACACCAACCACAAAAGCAACUGGUGAUCUUGUUGUGAGACAAGUUGGUUUCCUUCGAAGUAUUUCUCUCCUCCCAGCAGAUUACAAGAAUUAUCUUCGGUCAAAGCGCACGAAGGCAAUGCAACCUGGUGAUGGUGGAGCCAUAUUAAAAUAUUUGCAGACCAUGCAAAUGGAUAACCCCUCGUUCUUUUAUACCAUGCAGAUUGAUGAGGAUGACAAACUAACCAACUUCUUUUGGGCAGACCCAAAAUCUAGAGAGGACUUCACCUACUUCAAUGAUGUACUAUGUGUAGACACAACUUACAAGAUAAAUGGAUAUGGCAGGCCAUUGGCAUUAUUCCUUGGUGUGAAUCAUCACAGACAAACAAUUAUCUUUGGUGCAGCUAUGCUUUAUGAUGAAUCAUUUGAGUCAUAUAAGUGGCUGUUUGAGAGUUUUAAGAUAGCAAUGCAUGGAAAAGAACCAGCGGUAGCUUUAAUAGAUCAAUCGAUUCAGUUGAGUAGUGCAAUGGCAGCUGCCUGGCCAAAUACUGCUCAACGAGUUUGUGCUUGGCAUAUAUAUCAGAAUUCUGUUAAGCACCUGAAUCAAGUUUUCCAAGGCUCAAAGACAUUUGCAAAGGAUUUUAGCAAAUGUGUCUUUGGCUAUGAGGAAGAGGAAGAAUUCGUGUUUGCUUGGAGAAGUAUGCUAGAAAAGUAUGAUCUUAGACAUAAUGAGUGGCUGUCUAAACUGUUUGAAGAAAGGGAAAGAUGGGCAUUGGCAUAUGAUAGGCAUAUAUUUUGUGCUGACAUAAUAAGUUCCCUUCAAGCUGAGAGUUUUAGUAGCAUUUUGAAGAAAUUCUUGAGCCCUCAACUGGAUCUGCUAUCCUUCUUCAAACACUAUGAAAGAGCAGUAGAUGAGCAUCGCUACGCUGAGCUCCAAGCUGACUUCCAAGCUAGUCAAAGUUAUCCAAGAAUACCCCCAGCCAAGAUGUUAAAGCAAACUUCCCAUACGUACACACCAGUGGUGUUUGAGAUCUUUCGUAAAGAGUUUGAACUGUUUAUGGACUCUGUGUUAUUCACUUGUGGAGAGGCCGGAACAACUUCUGACUACAAAGUUGCUCCUUCUGAAAAGCCCAAGGAACACUUUGUUAGAUUCAACUCAAGUGAUAACUCUUGUAUGUGCACUUGUAAGAAGUUUGAGUUUAUGGGUAUUUCAUGUUGUCACAUGUUGAAGGUGCUUGAUUACAGAAAUAUCAAGGAGUUGCCUCAAAUAUAUCUGUUGAAGCGAUGGAGAAGGACUGCCAAGUCUACAGAUGAAGACAGCCAAGGCCAUGCAGCAAACGAUAACAGGUCAUCAUUAAAUGUCUCUGUACCUUCUGCAAAUCACCAUGGGCUCCAAAGCAUCAAUGCAAGGAUUCAAGACACAUCGCUUUCCAAUAUGCAUGAGAACCCAUUUCAUAGAAGCUCCUAAUGAAAGUAUAACAACAUGAUUUAAUAUUCUUCAUGUAGUAAAAUGCAUCUGCGGUGCUUCAACUUGCAUGAUGCGCUCACUUUAGUCUCCUACUCUGAAAAUGUACAAUUGACUCCUGCGCUUGCUAAAGGGAUUCACCGGAGGUCCAAAUUGUGUUGGGCUAGUGUUGACUGCAUACUCCCUCCCUUCCGGUUUAGAGGGCUCAAAUCUGAAAUCUCAUCAACCAAGGUGGAUGGUUUGAGUGGAGGAAUGUAUCUCGUACUUUACAAAACUCAAGCUUUAAUCUACAUUAACUACGGUGCAUGCGUCUA